GCAUCUCUGCCUCUCGUUGUUCUCCGUCCUUCUCCUGGGCUCCGGGUUCGCCGUCGAGCAUCUCAGAUCUCAACCUGAGUUCGUGAGUUCGUGUUAUUUUGGCUCCAGCCCCCAGUGCUCAGGGUUCUAUUAGGAAGACCUUGCUAUGGCAACAGCAACAUACCCGCCACCGCCACCCUAUUACAGACUCUACAAAGAUUAUUUACGAGACCCUAAAUCAGCUCCAGAACCUCCCCCUCCUAUAGAAGGGACUUAUGUUUGUUUCGGAGGCAAUUACACUACUGAUGACACUCUACCAAGUUUGGAAGAGCAGGGAGUGCGCCAACUCUAUCCUAAGGGCCCUCAUGUUGAUUAUAAGAAGGAGCUGAGAUCACUUAACGGAGACUUGCAGCUUCACAUUUUGGAGCUUGCUGAUAUUCUCAUUGAGAGACCAUCACAAUAUGCGAGAAGAGUAGAAGAAAUAUCUCUCGUAUUCAAGAACUUGCAUCACCUUCUAAAUUCACUGCGCCCCCAUCAGGCAAGAGCAACAUUGAUUCACAUUUUAGAACUUCAAAUACAACGCCGUAAACAAGCAGUGGAGGACAUAAAGAGACGGAGAGAGGAAGCACGGAGACUUCUUAAUGAGGCCCUAACAACACUAGAUGGCAAUUAGAGCUUCAUUCUAUAUCUUUGCUUCGGAAGACUACUACUGUGUUUUCAUUCGGUCUCAAGUUCUCCCUCGUGCAAAUUCAGUGCUUCUCACGCACCUGUUUGCUGGAGGCUCCAUAAUGUAAUUGUCGCUUCAUCCGAGGUUGUCUUGAAAUAUAUAUAUAUAUAUAUAUAUAUUCAACUACUGUAGAAUCUGCCUCAUUUUUGUAUAGGAAAAAAUGGAUUUCUCAUUUUAAAACUCUUUUCAGAUGUUUGUGGUCUUUUGUCUGAAUGUAGAGAAUGGCGAUCUUGUGUUUGGAAUAGCAUUAGUCAAUGCCCACGACAACACAUAAAUGCC